AGGUUACGACAUGCCUAUUCUCGGGUUGGGGGUCUACGAAAAUUGGGACUGCUACCCGAGCUGUCUUACAGCUAUCGAAGCAGGAUACCGGCACAUCGACUCUGCACGCUACUACGAAAACGAGGAGCAGGUCGGACAGGCCGUACGCGAAUGUGGUCUUCCUCGCAAGGAGCUAUUCGUCACGUCCAAGAUCUAUCAUCCUGACUUUGGUUACGAAAGCACCUUACGAUGCUUUGACGAAUCCUAUCAAAAGCUUGGGCUAGAGUACAUCGACUUGUAUAUGAUCCAUUCUCCAGUAUCUGGAAAGAAGCGCCGCCUCGAGACCUGGCGUGCGCUCAUCAAGAGACGAGACGAAGGCAAAGUGCGUAGUAUUGGUGUCAGCAACUACAACAUCAGGCACAUUGAGGAGAUUCUCAAGGCUGGCCUGGAAUUGCCUGUGGUUAAUCAAAUUGAGAUUCAUCCCUACUGCCAGCAGAGACCUAUCGUUGAGUAUUGUCGGGAGAAGGGUAUCGUGGUGCAAGCGUACUGUCCUCUCAUUCGAGGCGCGUUCCACGAUUCCAUCUUCGAAGAAGUGGCAAAAGAGUACGGCAAGACGAUACCACAAAUCCUCAUUCGAUGGUCGUUACAACAUGGGUAUUCGCCUUUGCCCAAAUCGUCUCAGGACGGCCGUAUCCGUGAGAAUGCUGCAGUAUACGACUUCGAUAUCAGCCCGGAAGACAUGGCCAAACUCGACGCUAUGGAUAAGGGUGACGCGGGAGCGUGCCAGUGGAAUCCAAUCCAUGUCGCGUAGAUCUCUUACGUACCCAUGUGUCUUGAUUUGAAUGUCUCGCCAAGCCCUCGCGGCCUCCCGACGAAUCCUGCUAAUUGCAGGGGACGAGCCGGCGG